ACGCAAUGUCCAAGCUUUGAUGCUUCCCUUUGUUAGUCUAUGGGCCAGAAAAGGUAAUUGAUGUUUGCUCUCGGACCCUUCCAACGCCUCUCGCUACUCCAAGUCAAGACAAUUCAUGGUUCACCACAGCGCCCACAUACACACCGUACACCUGUAUAGUUGAAUUUCUUCUUAUUCCCCCCCACCCCCAUGAUCAAGCCAUGGGGGCCUAGACUAACUACGAAGACCCUUGGACCCUUUUACUCUCAUCCAUCCUAUCGUUGCUUGUCAUUUGGAUCCUACGCCCUUCUCCCCCAACCCUCAUCCCACCACACCGUCGUUAACAUCAACACCACCAUCACCUCUUUUUCCUUUCACAUCACAUACCUCUUCCUAUGUUGUCUGUCCAUCAGUAAUUCAUAUUAUCGUCACCCUUUUGGUUCCGAGGUGACUGUAGACUUAAGACAAGCAGAAUGGCUUCUUCACCACUUCCAUCAUCGAGUGUCGAUCAUGGUAGAGCUGACUCCCAGCCCACCACGACGGCAGAGCCUUCAAAAGAUCCGAUACCAUCCUCCUCUGCUGCCCAGCAGCAUUCCACCUCGGGCCCAGCGUCUGCUGCUGCAUCCCCACCUGCCGCAGCAUCACCCGGUCUCACUAGUGGCACCGUUACCCAGGGCGUCAUUGAACCAGAUGUGACUCCAGCCGACGACUCUGCCAGUGACGCAGACUCUGGCGUGGGAAGCGAUUCUCAGAGUAUUCUGACAUCUUUGGCAUCAACUAUUACCAAUUAUGUCUACAAGAAUGGGCGUCGAUAUGCAGGAUUCCGCGAGGGAAACUAUAUUUUACCCAACGAUGAGUUGGAAUGUGAUCGGCACGAUCUAUUGCAGCACAUUUACCGCAUGCUCUUUGGCGGCGAAUUGCUCUUUGCGCCUAUUGGCGACAACCCCCAGCGCAUGCUCGAUAUCGGUACAGGUACCGGCAUCUGGGCCAUGGAUCUUGCCGACAUGUAUCCUUCUGCCGAGGUGAUUGGCACGGACUUGUCGCCCAUUCAGCCGAAAUGGGUCCCGCCAAAUCUCCAAUUCGAAAUUGACGAUGCUGAAAGCGAAUGGACCUAUCAACCGGACACUUUUGACUUUAUUCACUUUCAGAAUUUAACCGGUGCGAUUCGCAAUUGGCCGAAGCUCCUCUCUCAGAUAUAUACACAUCUCAAACCUGGAGGCUGGGUCGAGGCCAAAGAAGCAGACGUUAUCGCCCAAUCAGAUACCGGCAGCAUUCCUGCCGAGAGUGCGCUGAGGAGAUGGGAGACCAAUUGUAUACACGCGGGUAAUUUGAUUGGACUCCAGCUCGAAUCGGCCCGUAAGCUUAAGCAAUGGAUGGAAGAAGCCGGAUUUGUGGACGUUGUAGACCGCGAAUACAAGCUUCCCUCGAAUCCAUGGCCCAAGGAUGAGGAGAUGAAGCUCUUAGGGAGGUACCAGCAUGCGCAGUAUAUGGAUGCUUUGCAAGCAUUCGCCCUGGGAUUGCUAGUCGAUGUCUUGGGCUGGACUCGCGAAGAAAUGGAGGUCUUUUUGGUCGACUUGAGAAAGGAUUUGAGCAACCGGAGGUUCCACGCAUUCCACGUCAUGUACGUGCUCUUUUAUCUUCCGACAUGCUUUUUGUUGAUGCUGACAAAACCUUGACGCAGCCACGUCGUGAGUGGACGGAAGCCGGAGAAGGCAUGAUUGAAGUUUGGCUGGGUCAUGAGAUGAUGAGGUUGUGAAAGUAUAGCGGUGAAGAGUCGGUAACUCUCUUCUCUCCGCUG